UGUACCUGUACUUCACAAGGACUGGCCAUGUAGCAGUGUCAUAGUUGUGACGAGUUUAAAAAAUCGACACACAUGAAGAAUCCGUGUCUAUUCUUCCACUGAACCUCUAGUCCCAUCAUCAUCGUGCUCGCCGUCAUCGUUAUUGUCGCCGCCGUUGUAGCCGCUCACGCGUUCAUAUCCGAAAUACAUAGCCUAUUGUGAUACCCUAGACGCCUCAGGCUGCACAGCAAGCUCUCACCACUAUGUCCAACUCGCCUCCACCCGUAAACAAUUCCUAUGACCCUACAAACGCUCUCGAUGAUAUCCCAGGUCUUCACUGGGCCCUCCAUGAGUUCCUUCAAUCUCGCAUGCACGAAAGCGAACGAUUCUGUGAACAAAGCGAUCCAGAAAAACAGAGAUUGUACUUUGCGACUGGAUUUGGGCUUAUUCAAUGUGUGAAAGGUCUCAUGUCUUUUGAGGAUAAGGAUCUCUUGGCUGCCAUCAAUCAUACCAAGCGUGGUAUCGCUGUAGCUUCUGCACAUCGCAAACGCCCAGCCAGCUUCGCAGGUCGUCUUGCAGGGUAUAUCGUGCCCGCAUUCAGUACUAGUGGCACAGAAUGGAUCGCCGGUAUGACGCCUGUGGAACGUCAUGCUGAACUCGUCUAUGCAGAGAGUCUCUAUCAAAAGAGUCUUCUUGGGAUAGUCUAUUCAGGCGAUUGGUUAGCAUUUAUCCGUGAGGUACUCAACAUGCGCACCACUAUUUCCAUAUACCGUCAACUGGGUAAAUGGAUCGAGACAGUGGACACGGCAUACGCUAUCGCCCACCCCGAAUUACUAGCUGCCAUCUCAACACCCGAAAGAGGAGGAGCAGAUGUCGAAGAAACGCCACCACAGUCAUCCAGCACGAGUUUUGCAAGCGCUAACUCGUCCUCCAUCGCAGAUUCACCUCUCCCUUCCCCCAAACACACGUCUACACAAGAUACCACCUCCCCACCAUCCGUCACACGUCCAUACCUCCCCUGCCCAUCUAUAGACCCUCAUUUCCGAUCUGGUGUAUACCUAGGCCUCGGUAUGUCCCAUCUCGUGCUCAGUAUGAUGCCGGGAAAACUCCUCGCUCUGGUGGAGUUGUUUGGAUAUAAGGGCGAUAGGAAGUUUGGGUUGGAGUUGCUGGAGAGGGCUGGGGGGUGGGGUGCAAAUGGGAGAGUGGUCGAGAAGGAGGCAGAAGGAGUCCGACGUGCGAUCUGCGAUAUGUCGCUACUCAUCUUCCACCUCGUCCUCUCGGCGUUCACGUUUGAAGGCGUCGAUGUGCGCAAGGCUGCGAGAAUAUUGGAGUGGAAUCUGAAGAGGUAUCCGAAUGGCGUCUUCUUCCUCUUUGGUGCAGGCCGCCUUGCCCUCGUUCGUUCCCAACCCUCAAAAGCUCUCACCUACUACGCACGCGCUGCCCAAGCUCAAUCACAGUAUCGGAAUUUACACCAUAUUUCGUGGUGGGAGAGUGCGGUUGCUUGUUUAGGGCUUUGGAGAGUUGCGGACAGUAGAUUGUGGUGGGGAAAACUUGGAGGCGAGGCUACGUGGUCCAAAGCGACAUAUACAUAUGGCGAAGCAGCAUGCUUAGCCACGCUCGGCAAGCACGCAGAAGCGAAGAAGCUUAUGGAACGCGUCCAGGGGCUGAGGCAGAAGAUCGCGGGGAAGAGCAUUCCUAUCGAGAAAUUCGUCGCCCGCAAAGCCCGUAAAUAUCUAGCCCAAUCUGACACACUUCUCCUCCCAGCUCUCGAGCUAGCUUAUGUAUUCCAUGCGAUCGCGCAUGCGCCCAGGGAGGUUAUUGUGAGGGAGAUGAUUCCUGCUGUAGGUGAUGCUUUGAGAGAGCUGGGGUUAGCGCUUUCAUCUGAGAGCGAGGGUGGUGCCAAGGCAAGUGGGGCGAAGAAAGGCAAGGACAAGAAGCUGGAGUCGCGGAGUGGGUAUUGGGAUGAUGUCUGUCUUGCGCGUUUCUUAGAGGGCGUGUGUUGGCGAUUUGUUGCGUAUCCGGACCCGGAUGCUGAACUCGAGCCUGAUGAAAAGAUCACUGUCUCACCAGAGGAUGCGCGCACGUACUCGGAGCGCGCGUUUCGUGCUGUCUUCGAGCACGGACCUGACAUCGAGUUGGACCAUUACAUCGUGUAUUACGCACAUUUCGAGUAUGGUAGGCUGCUAGCGCGAUCAGGCGACAAGGACGGUGCGAGGACGCAUUUUGAUCUUGUUUUGUCGGGAAAGCCGCUUGAGGUGAAUGCUGCGGGACGGAAGGGUAAAUACAGUUUAGAGAACGCACUUCACGUGAGGACGAACGCGGCGCUAGAAGCAUUAGACCAGAACCGACUGUUGUAAUACCCAGGACGACGGACCCAGUUUGAAGAGAUAUAUAUUCGUAUAUCUAUCGAUACACGCUGAAGCGCUGACUUUCCGUGUGUUUUCUGCUUGCUUACUAUUGGGCGAUACCUGUAUACCUACUUUAUAUUAUUUGUUACGCCUGAUGAGUCUGGCUGAGCUGGAUUACAACCUAUGACUGUACCUUUUGAACUUUAAUGACAUUUACUGACCCACCGUACAUCCACACUCACUGAAAUGUCGAACACUCUGAGCUUCCAAGAUGAUAUAAAAAGUAAUAUCCUUCAAAGCCGGCAAUGGUGUAGAAGGUGAUGGAGUGCUCAAGCGCUAAGACGAGGAGAGUAG